AUGAACAGGUCACAAGAGUCGCCAUGUCGAAUCCUUGUUAUGGCCUCGGGCUUCGGCUCCAACUUUCAGGCUCUCAUAGAUGCUAUAUCGACGGGUCGACUUCGAAAUAGCCGCAUCGUCCGCCUCAUCGCCAACCGGAAAAACGCUCACGCAAUGGCUCGAGCGGAUGCAGCUGGCAUUCCCUGCGACUAUUUGAAUAUGAUCAGCCACGGGUUUUUGCAGAAGGGAGAAACAGACCAACACAAAGUAGCUCAAGGCCGUCAAAAAUACGAUGCUGCAUUAGCUGAGAGGGUUCUUUCACCAGACAGGGAAAGGCCCGACCUAAUUGUCCUCGCUGGGUGGAUGCACGUCUUUUCAACUGCUUUCCUAGAACCCAUCGAACGGGCCGGGGUGCGGAUAAUCAACCUCCAUCCGGCCCUACCUGGCGAGUUCGAUGGAGCCAUGGCGAUUGAGCGGGCUUUUGAAGAGUUCAAGGCUGGGCGACUAACACGCACGGGUAUUAUGGCCCACUACGUGAUUGAUGAGGUGGAUAGGGGUGCGCCCAUCUUGGUGAAAGAGGUCGAGUGGAAGGGAGAGGAGCUGGACGAGUUCAAGGAGAGGAUGCAUGGUCAUGAGCAUGAGCUUAUUGUCCAGGCGACGGCGGAAGUGUCGCAGGAGAUAGUUGAGGGUAGGUAA